GUGAGGACUGGGACGAAAUGGCAUCUAUGGAGAAACGGCUGCAGAAGGAACUGCAGGCACUACUGAGGGAUCCACCUCUUGGUGUAACAGUAGAUUCUGACAAAACUAGCCGUAGUCUCUCAGAGUGGACGGUUGAUUUAGAAGGAGCUCCUGGAACUCUGUAUCAAGGGGAAAAGUUUCAACUUGCUUUCAAAUUUGGUCCUAGAUAUCCAUUUGAAUCCCCACAGGUUAUAUUUACUGGUUCCAACAUUCCUGUUCACCCACAUGUCUACAGCAAUGGUCAUAUAUGUCUGUCUAUACUCACUGAUGACUGGUCCCCUGCUCUCUCUGUGCAAUCCGUGUGCCUUAGUAUAGUCAGCAUGCUGAGUAGUUGCAAAGAAAAGAAAAGGCCACCAGAUAACAGCAUUUAUGUGAAAACAUGCAGCAAAAACCCCAAAAACACCAAAUGGUGGUACCACGAUGACACAGUAUGAUGGAGCAACUCUUAAUUGUAAGCAAUGAUAAAAAAGAUGACUGUGAAUAGAAGUGAAAGCUGAUGGGCUGAGCAGGAGGGUGUCAGGAGAGAUGAUGGAAUGGAGGAACCACUUGUGACUUACAACUGCUAUACAAGGACAUCAGGGAGUAAAAACAUUAUAAACUGAUGUUUUUUUUAAUCAAAAACUGCAUGUGGUCAAACGUUAUAUUGUAAGUUGGAUGAAGUUAAUUAAAGGUGCAGAAGUAACAUGAGGCAGUCAGUAAAAAAGCAACCAGAACAUACUUUUACAAGGAACUAGUGUUGUGGCUGUACUGCUUUUGUUUUAAUCUAAAGCAUAAGAACAUUUCUGUAUCUAGAAUUAAUAUUCAGGAAAGGAAAGGAAAUUUAUGAAUAUGGCACAUAUCAAAUAUUUGUUGAAUGCAGGAUAGGUACUAGGACAGUUGAGUUUAUAUAUAUGACAUAGGGUGCUUCAGCGCGGCAUUUAUAUUUGAUAAUGAGAAUUUGAUAAGGACUAAUUUAUCAUUUUUAGGCUAUAUUUUAUUUGUAUGAUUAUGAAUAUCUGCAUAGUACCUUCAACAGACAAUAACUAUAGCUAUUUGUUGAGAAGAGUCCAUAUCUUUGUUGUGUUUGACAUGCCCAGGCAGAUUAUGUGCAAUUUUAGGGGAAUGUCUCCUUGUGGCAUUAAAACAGAACAAUUUCACUUCAUAGAAAAAAUUCUUCAUUCAUAGAUAUGAAGAAUAAAAUGUUGUUAAAAGUAGGAAUGUUGCUUUAACAUUUUAAAGGUUUUCAGAACUUAUGUUGGAGAUGACCUUUGAUUUACUUUGAUAAGUGUAAUAACUGCUGCUAUACUUGGCUGGAUCAGGUAGAGGUAGCUUCCAUCUUUUUUACAGAAAGAAUAAUGGUUAAUAGUAAAGUCAAUUUGUGGAUUGUUUUGUUUGUUUGUUUAAUGUUGCAUUGUUUAGUCAUUAUCUCUAACUUUUUUCCCCAUAGAACUGAAGCUGGUUAUAUACUUCAAGUAUUAUAUGUCACAGCUGUCACUGAUAUGAAUAUGCAACAUAUAUCAAUUGCUUUGCUUUUCACGUGCAAAAAUCUUCAUUUUGGGUAUAUUAAUACCUUUUGAAAGCCAGAUAAACUGCAUGAAUAUGCACUGCAGAGUUUUGGUUUCAUAAUGAAUAUAAGCUAUUAGUUGUGAUAACAUUUAUGUGCAUUAUAAUUGAUGUUUCGUUGCUGAAGCUGUUUUUUCUUGCAAGUUGAACAAC